AUCUGAGUUCGGCAGUGACGCGCGUCCCUCACGUGACCAGGAGCCUAUGUCUGCCCAAGUCCCUCUCGUCCUGGUCUUUUUUGCCUGUCCACCAUCUCCCUAUUACCCUUUGGUCGAGAGGGAAAGCAGAAGGAAGUCUGCUGGUCACAGCGGGGCACCUCGAGGAGAGGACGGCUAGGAGCACACGACCCGGUAAGGUUCAGGUCAGGGAAGGGAAUAACUGUGCUUGAAGAAGAAAAUUCCCAGCAUGGACAAACCACGCCAAGAAAAUGAAGAAGAGCCGCAGAGCGCGCCCAAGACCAAUGAGGAGAGGCCUCCGGUGGAGCUCUCUCCCGAAAAGCAGUCUCCCGAGGAGCAGUCUUCGGAGGAGCAGUCCUCGGAGGAGGAGUUCUUUCCUGAGGAGCUCCUGCCUGAGCUCCUGCCUGAGAUGCUCCUUUCGGAGGAGCGCCCUCCGCAGGAGCGUCUUUCCAGGAAGGACCUGUUUGAGGGGCGCCCUCCCAUGGAGCAGCCUCCUUGUGGUGUAGGAAAACAUAAGCUAGAAGAAGGAAGCUUUAAAGAAAGGUUGGCUCGUUCUCGCCCGCAAUUUAGAGGGGACAUACAUGGCAGAAAUUUAACCAAUGAGGAGAUGAUACAGGCUGCAGAUGAGCUAGAAGAGAUGAAAAGAGUAAGGAACAAACUGAUGAUAAUGCAUUGGAAGGCAAAACGCAGCCGUCCUUAUCCUAUUUAAUGUGUUCGGCCUUUGAUUCUGUUUUGCCUGCUAAUAGUAUUGCCAUUGCCACCUGGACUUUCUGUUUGCAUUUUCUUCAUGCCUUUUCCCCUAUUCUGAAUUUUAGCUUUUUGUGAGGCUUUUAGAUGUUUAGUUUGUAACUGGCUUAAAGUUGGGGCUUCCCCCCUAAAAUCUGCAAGUUUCCCCCUUUCAAUCAUGAGGUCUACACAUUUGCAUGAAAGAUGUGCAUUAUAUAUUGUGAAAUGAAAAAAGCAAUUUUCAAAUGGUAUAUAUUGUACUCCAUUUUUGUAAAAAUGUAUAUUUAUAUAUUAAUAUGCAAAGAAAAAACUCAAAGUGUAUACUUCAAAGGCAUAACAGUGGUUAUCUGUGUGAUAAUAGGUGAUUUUUAAAAAUUUUUGCUUUAUCUGAAUUUCUCAUUUUUUCAAGACCAACACGUUUUACUUGUGUUGCAAAAAACAUAAUGAAAAAAUAUCAUGCAAUUUUGAAGAAAACUGUCAAUCCGCUUAUAAAGACAAUGUGGCACUUAAUAAAUACUUGUCAGAACUUAAAAAACAUAAAA